AUGCUCUGUUCAUAUCUAUCUAUCUAUCCUAGUCUGUCCGUAUAUAUCUAUCUAUCUAUCCUAGUCUGUUCAUAUCUAUCUAUCUAUCCUAGUCUGUUCGUAUCUAUCUAUCCUAGUCUGUUCAUAUCUAUCUAUCUAUCCUAUCUGUUCAUAUCUAUCUAUCUAUCUAUCUAUCUAUCUAUCUAUCUAUCUAUCUAUCUUGAUCUGUUCGUAUCUAUCUAUCCUAGUCUGUUCAUAUCUAUCUAUCCUAGUCUGUUCAUAUCUAUCUAUCUAUCUAUCUAUCUAUCUAUCUAUCUAUCUAUCUAUCUAUCUAUCUUGAUCUGUUCGUAUCUAUCUAUCCUAGUCUGUUCAUAUCUAUCUAUCCUAGUCUGUUCAUAUCUAUCUAUCUAUCUAUCUAUCUAUCUAUCUAUCUAUCUUGAUCUGUUCGUAUCUAUCUAUCCUAGUCUGUUCGUAUCUAUCUAUCCUAGUCUGUUCAUAUCUAUCUAUCUAUCUAUCUAUCUAUCUAUCUAUCUAUCUAUCUACGUUGUUGAGAAGUGUGUGCAUACUUAA